AAAGUGUCGUGAACGUGCUGCCGCCCAUCAGAGUCACCCAGUCGGCUGGAGUCGGGAGUUAUCAAUACUCGGGGUGUGCUUGCUGGGGUCUGGGGAAAGACCAGCCACAAAGAGCUAUAAAGCAAGAUAAAUUAUCCUCUCCAAAUAAAAGAAAGCCAGAGUCCAUGAGCGGCCAGCGGUCAUCCAGGAAACGAUGCGGGGACUCGCGCGCGGAGUCCCCCGUGGGCUUCGGGCACGUGAGCACGCCAGGGUGUGUGUUAAACAAAUUGUUCCAGCUGCCCACGCCGCCGCUGUCCCGACACCAGCUCAAGCGGCUGGAAGAGCACCGAUACCAGAGCGCCGGCCGGUCCCUGCUGGAGCCCCUCAUGCAGCGGUACUGGGAGUGGCUCGUGGGAAGAGUCCCCUCGUGGAUUGCCCCGAAUCUCAUCACCAUCAUCGGGCUGUCCAUAAACAUCUGCACGACAGUUUUAUUAGUCUUCUACUGCCCUACCGCUACAGAGCAGGCACCUCUGUGGGCAUAUAUUGCCUGUGCGUGUGGCCUUUUCAUCUACCAGUCUUUGGAUGCCAUAGACGGGAAGCAGGCGAGAAGAACCAAUAGUAGUACUCCUUUGGGAGAACUUUUUGAUCAUGGUUGUGAUUCACUAUCAACAGUGUUUGUGGUUCUUGGAACUUGCAUUGCGGUGCAGCUGGGGACAAAUCCCGAUUGGAUGUUCUUUUGUUGUUUUGCUGGGACGUUCAUGUUCUAUUGUGCGCACUGGCAAACAUAUGUUUCUGGAACAUUGCGAUUUGGAAUAUUCGAUGUUACAGAGUCCCAGAUCAUAAUUAUAAUAUGCCAGCUUCUCACAGGAACCCUGGGACCUUGGUUCUGGAACUCCACGAUUCCAGUGCUGAAUAUUCAAGUGAAAAUUUUUCCUGCACUUUGUACUGUCGCAGGGACCAUAUUUUCCUGUACGAAUUAUUUCCGUGUAAUCUUCACAGGUGGUGUUGGGAAAAAUGGAUCAACGAUCGCAGGAACAAGUGUCCUUUCUCCUUUUCUCCACAUUGGAUCCGUGAUCACAUUAGCUGUGAUGAUCUACAAGAAGUCCGCAGUCCAGCUUUUUGAAAAGCAUCCCUGUCUUUAUAUACUGACAUUUGGUUUUGUAUCUGCUAAAAUCACCAAUAAGCUUGUGGUGGCACACAUGACUAAGAGUGAAAUGCAUUUGCACGACACAGCCUUCAUAGGCCCAGCACUUCUGUUUCUGGAUCAGUAUUUCAACAGCUUCAUCGAUGAAUAUAUUGUGCUUUGGAUUGCCCUGGUCUUCUCUUUCUUUGAUUUGAUCCGCUACUGUGUCAGCGUCUGCAAUCAGAUCGCAUCGCACCUGCACAUACACGUCUUCAGAAUCAAGGCCUCUACAGUUCACUCUAACCAUCACUAGUGAUGGAGUCGGUGUGGUAUAGGAAACUCGUGCUUUCUGCAGGAAAGAAUCUGAACAUAUUAAUGAGAGUGGGGAGGACAAGAACAAAUAUAAUUUAUAAUAAUCAACGUGGUAUAACUUUUAUCCUUUGUUACUGGUAACACUCCUUAACGAUCCUCUGUGAGAAUGGGAGUUUCAAGUCCUGUCCUGUAUAUUGUACAUGUUGAUGUACAGGUUUGGCCAAGCGAGCGUGCGGGGAACAAUGCCAUGUGCUUGUAAACUAUCCUGGAUUCAGAAUAAAAUUGUCAUGGGGGGGCUGAUCCCCUGCAGUGGAGAUUUCUUAGGUAGAAUAUUUGCAGGCCAAAAGACGGUUGCUUUAUAAUUUUAACAAAUCAUCAUCUUUUAGUGACAUCUUUGAUUCGUGUCUUCUCAAGCUUUCUUUGCAAAGGAGCUCAGCUCAGGAGCAGAUGUACCCCACUGGCUUGUGAGGGGGAGCUAGUGACCAACACCUGGAAUUCGGAGGGAGAGGUUUCCUAUCUUUUACAUUGUUGAGGAAGUCAUUUUUUUAUUGCUCAAGAAAUGGAGUGUCUCGUGGGCUGGGAACCCUGUCAGCAUGCGGAAUAAUGUACCUUUGUCGAUUCAUUUUAUUUUUUUAAAUAAAUAUAUGAUCUGAAAGCCA